AUGGCGGCUUCUGGGGCAGCCAUCACGGCGUUGGUGGGGUCCACAGGCCUGCGACGCCGGAAGAGCUGCCUGGAGCUGACCCAGAGCAUUUCCCAUGAUUCUUCUUUCAAUGGGCUCCCACCUGCAUAUGCACGGGAGAAAGGCCUGUGCGGGAAGUGUCGGUGCUGUGUAAUAAAUCGCCCUGAAAACCAGUGGCUUAGCCCUGGGCUUGGUUAUCUUCUACAGAACACUGCUUGUCCUUUCAACGAAGUAGGCUGCCUUGGAAGAUCCAGGCUAGGCACACCUGGAAUGGGCGAGGACGAGAAGGGAAGUGCAUCCAGGAAGAGCCUUGGUGGCUGUGUUCCCUUUCUCGCGCUGCCAGUGAGAGAUGCAGAAGAAAAUCUGGAACAACAAAUUGGAACAAAAGAGACUGACAGGUUACCUGCCGGCGUCGAACCACGACAACAACCAAGUGCCUUAUUUGCUAGAGGAAGCAGGAGAGCAGGCAAAAGUCCUCAAAGACCAUCCAGUAAGAUAAAAGAAAACAAGCAUCCCUUUGCUCUCUAUGGCUGGGGAGAAAAACAAGCAGACACAGGAAGCCAAAAAACUCACAACGUCUGUGCGUCUGCCCCUGUGCAUGAGAUUCAUGAAUCAGCAUUACGAGCCAAGAACAGAAGACAGGUGGAAAAGAGGAAACUGGUGGCUCAGAGGCAGCGCGCUCACUCCGUGGAUGUGGACAGGAACAGGAGGCUGAAGGCACCCUCCUCGGAGAACCCGUGGAUGACAGAGUACAUGCGCUGCUACUCUGCAAGAGCCUAGAGAGGCGCGUGCAUGGACAGCCUGA